AGCACAGGGGGGCACUACAGUACAGGAGAAAGAGAGAGUGUGAGAAAGAAAGAGUGGGGUAGAAAAGAAAGAACGGAUGAUAUAAGGAUGUGGAAGAGUGUGUGUUUAGUGCUAAUGUGCGUUGUGCUGACGCACGCGCAGUUCCCACGUCAGUGUGUCACACCAGAAGGUCUGCAGAGUGGCACCUGCUGCCCAUCACCUACUGGACUGCCCAAUGAUGAGUGUGGAUCCAGUACCGGGAGAGGUCAAUGUGUGUCAAUUACUGCUGACCGCCGGCCACACGGGCCUCAGUAUCCUCACGAUGGGCGGGAUGAUAGAGAACGAUGGCCACUUCGGUUCUUUAACAGAACCUGUCAAUGCAACGGAAACUUCAGUGGAUUUAACUGUGGCCGAUGCCGGCACAGUCUGACAGGGCCAAACUGUGAUCAAAGAGUCACCGUGGUGCGACGUAACGUCAUGCAGAUGUCUGCAGAUGAGAAAAGAGCCUUUGUGGACGCCCUGGACCAGGCUAAAAGAACUGUCCAUCCUGACCUGGUCAUCUGUACCCGCCGCUAUCAGGAGAUUUUCGGCCCGGACGGAGCAAGUGUACAGUUUGAGAACAUCACCAUUUAUAAUUACUUUGUCUGGACCCACUACUAUUCGGUCAGUAAGACUUACAUGGGUCCAGGCCAGCAGAGCUUCGGAGGUGUGGAUUUCUCACACGAAGGACCAGGAUUUGUCACUUGGCACCGGUACCACCUGUUGCAACUGGAGAGAGACAUGCAGCAUCUUUUACAAAAUAUAUCAAAAGUUAUCAAAAUGUCUCUGCCUGGUGUGUAUUCAGGUACAGAGACAAAUCCAAUCAGAAGAAACCCUGCCGGUAAUGUGGCUCGACCCAUGGUUCAGAGAUUACCAGAACCACAGGACGUCAUUGACUGUCUCGAGCUGAACACUUUCGACACACCACCUUAUUACUCAACUUCUUCUCAGAGCUUCAGGAACACUGUUGAGGGUUACAGUGCUCCCCAGGGAAACUAUGACCCAGUAGUGAGGAGUCUGCACAACCUGGCUCAUUUGUUUCUCAAUGGCACAGGUGGACAGACUCACCUGUCACCAAACGACCCCAUCUUUGUCCUGCUUCACACGUUCACUGAUGCCAUCUUUGAUGAAUGGCUUCAGAGACACACUGCUGCAGGAACAGAGGUCUAUCCUGAGGAAAACGCUCCGAUUGGACACAACAGAGAGUUCAAUAUGGUUCCUUUCUGGCCACCAAUCAGAAAUGCUGAAAUGUUUGUCGCUGCCCCAGACAACCUGGGCUACACCUAUGAGGUUCAGUGGCCAACUCGGGCAUACACUAUUUCAGAGAUCAUCACCAUAGCGAUUGUUGCCGUGGUGCUUGUUGUGGCUGUGGUGGGCGGAGUCAUCGGGUGUGCUGUUCGGGCACGUUCUUACCGCUCGGCUGAGGGCCUGGAGCCGCUGCUAGGGGAACAGUUCAGGCGUUACUCAGAGGAUGAGCGGCAUGCUUCUCAGUCUGUGGUGUGAUUGAGAAACUAAAAAAA